AUGGCCAACGCCAAAUACCUCACUUCCAUUUUCACCAUUAUUAUCACCCUUCUCUUCUCAUUCACCACUGCUAAACCCCCUACUUUCCACCGAACCAUAUCUCCGACGUCUUUGGGCCUCAAGAAGGAGAAGCUCAGCCACCUUCACUUCUUCUUCCACGAUAUUGUCAGCGGCCCAAAGCCCACCGCGGUCAGAGUGGUCGAGCCCCGCAGCACCAACACUUCCUCCACGCUUUUCGGGCUCAUGGCGAUGAUCGAUGACCCAUUGACCGUGAACCCCGAACCCGGAUCCAAACUCGUCGGAAGGGCCCAAGGAAUUUACGGAUCUGCGGGCCAAGAAGAAAUGGGCCUGUUGAUGAUCAUGAACUUGGUGUUCACCGAAGGGAAAUACAAUGGCAGCACACUGAGCUUGUUGGGGCGGAACGCCGUGCUCUCCACCGUGAGGGAAAUGCCAAUCGUAGGAGGAAGCGGGGCUUUUCGGUUCGCACGUGGGUAUGCUCAGGCCAAGACUCACACGUUUGAUUUCAAGACAGGGGAUGCUGUCGUGGAGUACAACGUCUUCGUGUUCCAUUAUUAA